AAAAAAAUUUUAUUAAUAAAACCCAUUAAUUAUCAGUGUCAUUACCAAGAAUUAAACACCAUUAAUCAAGCAAAAGCAUUAAUCCAGCAAAAUCGCCCAUCUUCCUCCUUUUUCCCUGUCGGCUUUUCCUUAUUUCACCAUGUUGGCGUUGGGAUUUUGUUGCAAGCACAAUUAACGAGGUUUUUUUUUUUUUUUUUUUUUUAAAUUGAUUUUCAUUUUCAUUUAUACGGGUUCUGUUUGACUGAUCUGAUAAACCAGAGGAGAAGCAAGAAUUACUGGCUAAUGUGAAUAUGUUGCAACAACAAUUCACCAGGUGUUUGUUUUUUUUUAAAUUGAUUUUGAUUUAACACCGGUUCUUCCACUUCUUGGAUAAGGAUACUCUUUGAAUCCUCCAAUGACUGGUCGGGCAAUCCUCCCUUGAUUUCACUUUUGAAUUCAUAUCCACCACCUGCUUCCAUGGGUUCGAACCUUACUGUAAUAUCAGCAAACUGUCCUGACCCACCAGACUGCUUCUUGUGCACAAAUUUCACUUCUGACGUCCUGGAAAUGCUCUCGCGGUAGUUUACUUGUGGAGCUCCAACAUUAGCUUCCACCUGUCAAUUGGUAAGCAACGCAGAGUUACUAAAUGUAAGAAAUCUGAUUUUCUUUUUCAGUUCUACAAGGUGUUUGCUGUUAAUAAGAAUUGGAGGCAAAGACAGUCAGGUGAUCCAAAUAGGAUCUGGUCAGGAAGUGACAAACGUUCAACAUAAGGAUUCUGGUGGACCGGUUGGAAUACCCUCUUUGCCCCCAGUGCAGAAGAAACCUGGGGUGCAGUUGAACUCAACCACUAGUGAUUCAUCUAGAGAGCAAUCCGCUGAUGAUGAAGUCGAAGGAGAAGUAGAAAUGACUCAAGGAACGUAUCCAGCUGAUGUGAAACAUGUAAGGAGUUGAUUUCUGACAGAAAUGAUUUCAUGAUAAGGGUUAGACUUUGUAGAAUGUGGGAUGUUAUUAAUCACAGGAAAAAUGGUAAGCUGAUCAGUGUGGAAAUGAUAUUUGUUGAUGAAAAGAAAAAUUUGAUCUAUGGUAUAAUGGAUACAAAUCAAGUGAACAGGCUGAAAGGCAUGUUGAAAGAAGGUUCUUUAUUUACAAUCAAAAACUUCAAAGUUGUUGAAAGCACUUUUGCAUACAGACCUAUUGAAAGUCCAUUGACAAUUAUUUUGUCUGCCUCAACUGUAAUGAACAAUUUAGCUGAAGAUGUUGUCGACAUUCCUAUAAAUGGAUUUCAGUUUAUUAAACCAACUAUGAUUGAUUCAAGGGUGAAUAACCACACUGUUUUAUCAGAUGCGGUUGGUUGUUUAUAUGAAAUUGGUGAUAUAGAGAAUUGUGGAUCGAAGGGCAAAAUAAGGGAGAUUAAAAUUAUUACUGAUUAUUUUGAGAAAGUCAAAAUUACCUUAUGGGAAGAGCUUGGUGAAAAAUUUGAUCCUUCCUUGAACAAUAAGGAUGUUGGCCCGUAUAUAGUGAUAGUCACAUCUACAACUGUGAAGGAAUUUUGUGGUGAAGUUAGCUUCUUCACCACUCAUGCAAGCAGAAUAUAUGUAAAUCUAGAUAUAGAUUACGUACGAUCUUUGGUUCAAAAGUUUACAACCAUGUCUACGGAAGUACAAAUUAUUGAAAGGUCUAAUGUUAAUAACAUUUCGAUUGAGGAAGAGAUGAUUUUGAAUCCGAUGGACAUUAAGGAGUUGUUUGAUUCUGAGUGGAGUCCUGAACAAUUUUAUUUACUAUUUUAAUUAUGGACUCAUUUUAAAGUUCAACAUGAUAAAUAAAUAUGUUGAUAAAUUAACUUAUUCAAAUAUAAACAGGUAUCUGCUGAUGUCUCAUUGGGUAACUUGAAAGAUCCUGAGGAUGGACUAGACGUCACCGAUGGUGGUAGAAGUAGAAAAAAAGACACCUAGUCAUACAUGACGAAUAAUUAAGUGUUGAAGAUGCAAAUAAAUUUUAGUAGAGAGAUUAUUGUUGCUCCACACCUUCAACUAAUAUUUAAGCUUACACAAAACUGUUUCAAACUGUUAUCAUUUUUAGUUUUUUUUUACGAGUAGACGUGUUGAUGAAUAAAUUUGUUUGAUAAUAUCGUUGAACAUAAUCGAUAUGAUAAUAUUCAUACUUGUAUGAUUAUUUUUCGGCUUACAUAAUAUCCUAAUUAUUGGAUAUAUUCGAUAUGAUGAUAUUCAUACUUGUAUGAAUAUUUUUCGGCUUACAUAAUAUCCUAAUUUUCUCGAUACUAAAUUGUUUUCUAACUAUGGAAACAACUGUAAUGCGAAUCACGUCUAAUUAAAAAAGAAUAUUGUAUUUAUUUGAUAAGAAAUGGAUCCAAUAAGGUUUCUUCCUGUCAUGGAAAAGAUAUUUGUCAGUCAAGUAAUGGGGGCGUCAUCAAGCGUAGUAUCUACAAGCAAAG